CCUCUCUCAAGAGACCGCAAACACGUUACUCAUUCACUCACGCUCUCGAUGUAUGUAUGGCCGGGCUUCAAGAGAUAAACAACAAAACAAAUUAUUUGCAAUCCAGUGGCAUUAGCGCCAUCGACGAUACAAGACGUGAACAAAUUAACCGCUCGAUAUAAUUUUAUUUACUAUUUAUUUUCGAUUAAUUGCGUGCUUUUUACCGAACUAAACGAUCGUUAGUGUUUUAAUUUAGAACAUCAGAAUUUUUCCGAAAAAAAAGGGAAAGAAAAUUCGGCUUUAUCGCGAACAUUUUUCUGCGAACUUGGUUGAAUGGUCAAAGUGUAACUUGACGAAUUUAAAAUAACAAAAUAUCCAAUGUGCAAUUCGUGAGAAAUUUUCGUGAAUUUUCCACCAUAAAUUUAUCGAAUUUUUUGCCUUUCCAUUCGUGGAAAGAAGAUGUAAUUCAAUUGAAAUGAAAAUCAUUUUGUUGCCAAAUUCAUUAAACACAACUAUGAUUUUGAUAUAUUGCAAUAUUCGUGCAGUUUUUUGACGAAAAUUCACUUUGAAAACCGGAUAAUUCGAUAAUAAAGAAAACAACAACAAAAAAAGAAAAUUUAUCGAUAAGAUUGAACACACCGGUGUGACAUUUAAAUGAAUUUGUAAGAAAGUAAAAGAAUUUGAAAACACAAAAAAAUAACACACAACCAAUUACACCCACGGAAGUGAGCACAAAAGAAAAAUCACAUUUGCCGAAUCGCGAACAAAAACCAAAGAGACACGUACUCGCACCAAUUAUUUGAAAGAGAUAGAGACACACAUAAAUACGAUCUGUGUAGAGCAUACACGCAAACCGAGACCUGCAUCGCAUAUUCAUUGAGCCAAAAUGAACCAAAUCGGUUUUUAUUUGCAGUCGAUUAUUUUAUUGUUUUCUAUUGGCAAAAUCCGAGCCGAUUGGGGCACGGCCGAAAGCAGUCAAUACCACAUUCAAACCGAUGAGGGUCCAGAACGGUUUUUUCGAUAUCAAACCGACAGCGGUCAAUUUCGCAACGAAAAACGUCUAAAAGAUGGAACAGUUAUAGGUACCGAAGCCUGGAUCGAUGCGUCCGGGUAUUUGCGUCAAAAGGAUUACAUAGCCGAUAAAGAUGGCUAUCGAAUUUUGAAGAGCAAAACAAUCUUUGUUGGAAAGAGUCGACCCAUUAAAGAUGUAAUAUCAAAUGGACGAAUAAAUACGAAAUUACUCGAAUCAACGACGACCUCAUCGACGCCAGUGUUAUCAGUUCCAAGUAUAUCAAGUAUACCGAAUCCGAAUGCGCUCGACACCGGCGACUUUGGCUAUCCAAAGAGUAAGCCAUCGAUUUUGGUUCAUUAUAAUGCUGAACCAAUUGAUGGUGGUAACAAGUUCAUACCACCAAUAACAACAAUUGCUCCACCUGUAACCACGUACAGGCCAGUAUUUUCAAGCACAACACCCACAACAAUCUUACCUCCAACCAGUCCAGCUACAUUUAUUUCCAGCACCGCAACGCCACAAUCACCGCUUGCCGUACAAAAUCCAAUUGAUGUACCAUCCAAAUACUUUUUACCACCGUUAUACCACGGUGGUGCUGAUGAUUCUCCAAUUAUCCGUAUCAAACAAUAUACGCCAUUACCAACGCCUGUUGCCGCCUAUACCAUUGACCAAAUAAAUAAUGAAUUACAAUCGCCUGUGUCAUCGGCCAUAUCGUUAAAUGAUGUUGCACCGAUUGUACCGUAUGCACCAAUACGUGUGACCGAUCCAACAAUAUUUGGAUCUGCAUCGCCGUCGACAACACCAUUACCAAUUGCAUCGACAGCAUCUAAUGUGCCGUUAUACAAUCGCCAUUCAUAUUAUCGGGGUGCCAGCAAACGACCCACCGCCUAUUAUCCACCAAAUCAAAUUGAUUUUGGCAAUGGCAUUGACGAUAAAAAACGUUACGAUCGUUACAAUCCACGAAUUUCAAAUGGUUUUGGAUACUAUUUGCCACGACAUUAUCACGAAGAAACCUAUCGAGAGGCAAACGCAAACAAUCGAGAUGGAAGUUUUGGUUAUAUCGAUCCAUUUGGCAUUCGGCGUGUUGUUUAUUAUCAUGCAUCUCCCGAUGGCGGUUUUAAAGUACGAAAAAAUAAUCGAUAUGUUGGUUUCAAUGCAAAACCAUAUGAUUCCAAAAAAUAGAUUACAUACAACCACAAACUCACGAAUGAACUUCAAUAAAUGAAAAAAAAACUCAAUAGUGAUUUAGACAAUGUAUACCAGUUGAAGAAAAAAAAAACGAAUGGAAAUUCAAAAGUGACGUGCUUUGAACAAAGUCAAACGUUUACUAAACAUUAUCGACUCAUUGUUUGCAUUCUGAAGCGACUCCACACUUAUUUUGGUUUUUUUGUUUUUUUUUUAUCACCACCAUGGUAUAUUAUAUAAAUAGCACUUAUCAUAUGGCCAAAACCUGUAUUAAAAGACCUUCUAUACUUUCAAAAACAUCACGAACAGUAGCCCGAAUACACUGAUUGAAAGACACUUUUAUUAAUAUAUAUCGAUUUAUGCGCCUGCAGAAACGAUACCAAUUAUCCAAACAACAUUAUAUCAGAAUAACGAAAAAACCCAUAAAAAAUAUAAAUUUAUCUACGUUUAGAAUGCAGCUAUGUUGGUAUUUCCUGAAUUUCCAUUUUUUUUGCCCCGAAAAUCUGGACAAUUGUCUUUCAAAAUUUAAAUCGAUAAUUGUUCCAUGUCAAAACACAAAUAUGAAAUAAAUUCCAGUGUUUUUUGUGUUUCGAUGCAAUCUAUUGCCUAAUUGAAAUACAAAUAUUGUAAUUUUCAUUUUUUUGAUGUUGAAACAACUUUCGUUCUUUAACGCGCACACAAUGCAAUUCGAAAUAAAAUAUUAUUUUAGGCCGGAACGAAAGUAAAAGUCAGUAUUUUUUUCUUGUUUGGCGCAUUAUCGAAUGUAGUUCGACAAAAUCAGGAUCAUUUUACUUUUAAACAUUGGAAAGUACUUCAAAACUGGUUUAUCGAACUAAAUUUAUACCAUGUGCGAUGUUAGAUCUAUCUUUUUUUUUAGUAAAUUGUAGUUUUUAAGGUAUGAAAUCAGAAGUGAACAAUUCCUAGCAAAAGAACAUGUUUAAGAAAAUGAAGUAAACAUAAUGAACACUUUAAAUGUUUAAUAUAAUGUCUUUUUCUUUAAAAAAAAACAACAAACUAACAAACAAAUUAUAUUUUUACAAAUAAUUUAUCAGCAGGAACAAAAUGAAUGAAGAUGAGAGAUGAUUUUUUUAUUUCAUUUAAUGUGUUUGUGUGGAAAAUCAUGAGCUUUUCUAAAUAAACAAAUGUAAUAAGACUUGCCAUACGAUUGAAACACAUGUGUACGAUAUUUUUUUUAAAUGCAAAAAAAAAAAAAGAUGUAUGCAAGGAAGAAAAUGCAAAAAAAACACAAAUUAAUUUAUUUUAUAUAAGUUACUACAAGAAGAGGUGAGAGCAAGCCGGAAAUCAGCAAUAGAAAAUGCAUACCUCCCAUUAUAAUCUUACAAAUAAAAUGUGCGAUAUAUGGGGGGCGAAGCAUUGAAUUUAGAAUUGUUUUUAGAUCGUUGAUUCUAUAUAACCAAAAUAUUAAUGUUUAAGUACCAUUCCUGUACAUAUCCAACGUGUAACGUUUAAUUUUGUAAUUUUAUGCUUACGUGUUUUUUUUUUUAAAUUGAAAAACAAAAUAACAAUAAACAAAAAAUUGAUAAAAACAAA